ACGUAGGGGCGGGUCCCGCAGGCACGAGGAGGCGGGGCCGGCGACGCCGCGGUCUCUGGUCGGAGCGCGGAGAGUUCGGCUGCAAGCGGCGCGUGCAUGCUGGAAGUUCGCAUCCCGUCGGUGGGGCCCGAGGCCGAGGGGACCCGGCAGAGCCCCGAAAAAGGCCACAUGGUGUUCCGAGUGGAGGUGCUGUGCCACGGGCGCAGACACACCGUGCAGAGGCGCUACAGCGAGUUCCACGCGCUGCACAAACGGAUCAAGAAACUGUCCAAAGUGCCCGACUUCCCCUCGAAACGCCUGCCCAACUGGAGGACCAGAGGACUGGAGCAGCGGCGGCAGAGCUUGGAGGCCUAUAUCCAGGGCAUCCUAUACUUGAACCAGGAUGUGCCCAAGGAACUACUGGAAUUCCUGAGUCUUCGCCACUUGCCCAUAGUCCCCAAGGCCAGCAGCUGGGGCGCCCUGGGGGAGUUCCUGCCCGGCAACAGCAGGCAAGUCCAAGUCCCUGUCUGCACUGGGUUCCUGCUGCCCCCUCGUGGCCAUACGCCAGGGCCUGAAGUCUCUGGCCUGUCCCCGUGCUCCAGCUCACAGCUGUACCACCGGCCUGUUAUCAGCUUCUGCAUGGAUCCUUAUAUUUGCAUCCCAUCCCCAGAGCCUCUGCCCAACGUGGUGGUGAACGGUGUGCUCCAGGGCCUCUAUGGCUUCAGCGCCAGCACAGCUAAAGCCCAGCCAGAGGCUGCCUGUCACCCUGCUCCAGUGCCACCGAUGCCCUGACCAGUCCAGAGGGCUUUAGGCCACCUGCCAGGACAGUCAUGGACCUCAAUCCUAUGAAAGGGACAUGGGCUGGGUCAGCCUUGGCCUGGACCCCGGACUCACCACCCUCCACCCCUCCAGGCUCAGAACUCAGCUGCACUGGUGUCUGAGGGGGUAGGAUCCUGCACUCCUAGAGCCCAGGGGCCAGGGUGGGGACAACAGAGGAUAGGGAAUAAAGGUAGAAUUCCUUUAGAAUGUUCAUAGCCCACCAGUUUGGAGGUGGGCUAUGAAAAGGGGCAGGUGUAUUCCUUUACCUACGUCAGGAGAAAGGCAUGGCGGGGACAUGCAAAGGUUGAGGCACAGUGGCUAGCCAAGUUCAGAAGCAAGGGGCAAAAGCUUCUGCUUGACAUUUUGUGCGUAGCACAUUUUUCUGUGAAUGUCCAGAUCUGUUUCCCCCUGCCCUCCCAGACUUGUGUGGCCAGUUAGAAAUGUCUGGUUUGUGUUCAUCUCUCCCUCAUUUCUGGAGGGAAAGGGUUCAGGCCGGAACCCAAGGAGGGGACAGGCACCACUGCCACAGGAGCCCCAGGCGGGCUGGCACUGGAUUUAGGGU